GCAGGGCGGCGGAGGCGGUUUCAUGACGGAUGUACGAGGUACGAUACACGUACACUUAAAGAUUCACACUUCCUUCGGGUGGGCGGUUUGUACUCGCCAGUGUGUUCGGCAAUACUGUACCGUCGCGGAGGCCGCGCUGAAAAAAACGUGCAGUGGGCAAUGGCACUAGAGGAAAUAAACUCAGCGAUUCUCGAGUGCACUCCGGAAACGUGCGAUGCCUACCUCUGCAGCAAGUCGAUCAAGUGCGGGUGCCUACUGAACGGCAUUGCUUCAUCAUCGCAGUCAGUGUGCGGCAACUUGUGGCACAAGCACUGGCUGGUGGCCUUCGAUUACGGCGGAAACGAGCUGCUCGUCUGCGAAGCUACCAAGGACCGUAAAAAGGAGCUCAUAGGGCGUUGGUCCUUGGAGGAGAAGACGGCCGUCCACAACGUAUACUCGUACGAGAGACACCUGGGAGAGCACACGCUACCGAAGGCGCGCGUCGAGGACGUCGUGAAGGAGAUGCGCUACAUGGGCAAGUACCACGCGACAGAGAACAACUGCCAGAAGUGGGCCAUGGAGCUGCUGCGUCGACUCCGAAUACAGGCGCCACCGGACCAGCUCGACGCGGAGACCGUGGUCGGCAGCGCCAAGCCAGCCAUCAUCACUACCAUCGUCGGAAUAGUGCUGGCCGGUGCUGUCGUGAUUGUGAAAGGCACUUUUGGGGUGUGCAGCUAGCGCCAACCAAGGCGUGGCGGCGAGUCCUCUUUCGGCGAUGUGCCACUGAGCCACUCGUCAUUAUUGUGUUUAUUUAUCAAUACCUUCAAGCUGAAAAUGCGUUACAAAAGUGAAUCAUAAUAAAAAAAAAGAACUGCUUGUUCGUUUGCCGCUAUAGUUUAAAAUAUGAUAUUCGCCAGCGAACUAAAAGGUGGUAACAUAUGGAGCGGUGAAAAUGGAAGUGAACAGGAGGUUCUAUUCUGUAGCGUUCACCGGUCCGGAAGAAUCAUAAAAUCAGUUAUUCAUGACAGACAGGUGCUCAUGAUGGAAAUUAGUGUGACCUCACAAAUAAGAUGCUAAAUAAUAACCAUUCUUCGACGAUGGUGUAUAAUUAAAUAACUGACCAGAA